UCCAAAGUAUCCGAGAGGGCGCAAUUCCUGACCGAGGGAAUCUCUCCGUUUAGCCCCGGAAACCACUCGCCUAAGAAGAUGCUUGCCUUCAACAGAUUGUUUCUCCUACCGUCCUUCGUGCUCAUCUUCUGGGCCAGCGUGUGCUUCCCCGUGUGCGUGGAGGUGCCCUCGGAUACCGAGGCCGUCCAGGGCAGCCCCACGAAGCUGCGCUGCAUCUCCUGCAUGAAGCGGGAGAAGGUGGAGGCCACCACGGUGGUGGAGUGGUUCUACAGGCCCGAGGGCGGCAAGGACUUCCUGAUCUAUGAGUAUCGGAAUGGCCACCAGGAGGUGGAGAGCCCCUUCCUGGGACGGCUGCAGUGGAACGGGAGCAAGGACUUGCAGGAUGUGUCCAUCACUGUGCUCAACGUCACCCUGAAUGACUCCGGGCUCUAUACCUGCAACGUGUCCCGGGAGUUUGACUUUGAGGGACAUCGCCCCUUUGUGAAGACCACACGGCUCAUCCCCCUCCGAGUCACCGAGGAGGCUGGAGAGGACUUCACCUCUGUCGUCUCAGAAAUCAUGAUGUACAUCCUCCUGGUCUUUCUCACCUUGUGGCUGCUCAUCGAGAUGAUAUAUUGCUACCGGAAGGUCGCAAAGGCCGAAGAGGCAGCUCAAGAGAAUGCGUCUGACUACCUUGCCAUCCCAUCAGAGAACAAAGAGAACUCUGUGGUGCCAGUAGAGGAGUAG